AUGAUGAAGUCGGUGGCGCUCGACAUGCUAAAACUCAAGGCUGCCGAGAUAGAGGCAGCUACAGCGAAGGAGGCGGAGAAACUUGGUCUCGCUCCGGCCGGCUCUCAUGAAGGCGAGAGCGAAGAGGCGCAGACGGCAGGUGAUGCGUCUGCCGCUCGGACUGCCACUAACGAGGCGGCGGGAGAGACCGCCCCGUCAGGUACUCAACCGGCCAUUCAGACCGAGGAGGGCGGGUCUUAUGGUGAUGAAAUUCCAUUGUCUGGAGGAGGAGUUCAAGAAGCUCAAGGUUCUGGUGGGGCUCCCCCUCCAGGCCCCUCUUAUGCAGAGUUGAAGGCGGACCUUGACAAGACCAAGAGACUGCUGGAGGCCGAGCAACACAAAUCUUCUGACCUGCAGACUGUGGCGGAUCAACUCAAGACUGAGGUUAAGACAUAUGACAAAAAGAUCGAGCAGGUCAAUACCAGAAAAAACAUGGCUAUCUCCGAUCUGGAGAUAAAAAACACUAAGGCCCGGGCCCUUGCGCAGAGGGUCAAGGAGUUGACUGACCUGCUCACCGCCGAGAAGGCUGGUUGCUCAGCGGAGGUGAUCGCUCUCCAGGGUGACCUGAAGACCUUUUAG